UCCAGUGAAGUGUGUUUUGUUGGGGAUUUCAAGCGAUGGGUUUUGCCUUUCCUUACAAGAGUUGAGAAAAGAAAACCUGGUUCACAAACACGCUUGAUUCAUCAAUACCUCACGGACAUUGCCAAGUCGGAUUUGACAUAUGUUUUGAAGAUUUUUCAAAACUCAACUCCAGAGCUUAAAGAGCCAAUAAUUGCUGAUAUAGCACAACAAAUGAGACUUGCGCUCGAAUGCAUCUAUAUUUGCAAAAGAGAUGACCAGGUAGACAUAGCAUUCAGCAUUUUAGAAUGUCUUCCAGCACCUGAUGAAGAUGUGCUAUCUGAUCAAAUCAGGGAGCUUAACAAACAAAUUGACAAACUUGAAGUUCAUUUAUGUGCAUGUGAAAUUCUUACCAAGCACAGCCUGUCCAAGCCUGUGUCAUAUAUAGUGGAUACAGAGGRGAAUAAAGAAGAAGCAGAAGAUCUCUUGAAAAAAAUGACAACAUUAACCGUGAAUUGCUCACCUCCAGCCAAUGAAAAAAGGUGGAAAGAACUGCUAAAAGACAUGAUCACUCUUCAAGAACAAGUUUACAGCUGCAUUGAUAUAAGUGCAUGUUAUGAGAUCUACACAAAAUCACUGUUACAUUCUGGCAUCAAGGAUAAUAUCCUGUUUGCUGGUAAAAUGUUGCAUAAGACAAAGCAAGAAGAAAACCAGCCGCCAUCWCAUGAUCARCURUCAGGUCCUCGCAUAAAGUACAGUACUAGUGUAGAGCUURUGCUGGARGCUAGUAGAGAGUACUUUAAUUCAUCYAAUGAUUUGUCUGAUUCUGCUAUGGAAUUAGCAAG